AUGUUCAUAUCCUAAGGGCCAUUGCAAGUGGGAGUGAUUAAACCAAGGAAAAGAAAGCAAUUUCGAGUUUUCAUCAAUGGGAACCGAAAUACUAACACAUUUCCUUGAAGCUCCUUUCUCCUUUACCCCUUUCUUCCUUGUAAUCACUUUGAUAACCUGCUUUCUCUACUUUGCUCUCAGAUCCAAUUCUGUCUAUCUCAUUGACUUCACUUGCUAUCUUCCAGCGGAUAACUUGCGAGUCACAAUCUCUAAUUUCAUAGAACAUGUGCACCUCGGCGGUACCUUCAACACAGACUGCAGUGAGUUCCAAGAAAGAGUUGUGGAAAGAUCGGGCAUAGGAGAUGAAGCUUGCAUGCCUAUUGCAUUGCAUGAGCUGCCUACUGAAGCUUCAUUUAAAGCAUCUCUUGAAGAGGUUGAACAAGUUCUCUUCCCGAUCGUUGAAGAUCUUCUGUCCAAGCACAACAUCAGCCCUAAGAGCAUUGAUAUUUUAAUAUCCAACUGUAGCCUUUUCUGUCCUGCUCCAUCCAUUACUGCAAUGAUCACAAACAAGUUCGGGUUCCGGAGCAACAUAAAGAGCUUCAGCCUAAGCGGGAUGGGGUGCAGUGCCGGACUCUUGUCGAUAAGUUUGGCUAAAGACCUUUUGAAAGUUCACAAGAAUUCGUUGGCUUUAGUUCUGAGCAUGGAAGCUAUUAGUUCGAAUGGUUAUCACGGUAAAAUCAAGUCGAUGCUUGUAACCAACACUAUAUUUCGUAUGGGUGGAGCUGCUGUUUUGCUGUCAAACAAGAAGCACGAUGAGCAGAGAGCAAAGUACAAGCUCCUGCACCUUGUCCGUACCCACAUGGGAUCCGAUGACCGAUCAUACACUUCUGUCAUUCAACAAGAUGAUGAAGAUGGGUUUGUAGGAGUGUCACUAUCAAGGUCACUUUUACAUGUCGCAGGCAACGCGUUAAGAACCAAUAUAUCAGAGCUUGGCCCCCUUGUGCUGCCGUAUCUUGAACAGCUUCGAUACGGGUGGGGAGUUGUGCAUCAGAAACUUUGGGUUACAGCGGGGAAAAGAGAGACAUACGUGCCAAAUUUUAAGAAGGCUUUCGAGCAUUUCUGCAUACAUGCUGGGGGGAGGGCCAUAAUUGAUGCUGUGGAGAGUAAUCUGAAGCUGCAAAAGGAAGAUGGAGAAGCUUCAAGGAUGAUGCUUUAUAGAUUUGGUAACACGUCGUCUUCUUCGGUCUGGUAUGAACUCUGCUAUCUGGAAGCCAAGGGAGCGGUGAAGAAGGGAGACAGGAUUUGGCAAAUUGCAUUUGGAAGUGGUUUUAAGUGUAACAGUGCAGUUUGGAAAUCCAUUUCUGUUCCCAAUCCAGAGGAAAGAAAUGCUUGGUCAGAUAGGAUUCAUUUGUAUCCUGUACAGACACCGAUUGCGCCAUGACUCUUCACUGUCAUGUUGAUGCUGCAAUGACCUUUCGAAGUAUUCCUACACGUUCUCUUGCACGAGUCUAGAUACAUUUGUCAUGAGCCCUGGAUCUGAGAAACAUGCCGUUUAGUCGUGAACAUGUCCUAAUUUCACUUGUUCAUCCCUUUGGCAUUCCAAGACUAGAGCAGGCACAUCCCAAAUUCCUGUGAACUGGGAAAUAUAGCAAUAUAGCACUUCAUGUCCUUGAAAACAAAUGGAAACGAAUAUAUUUAACAAUACUCUUGAUUUUAUAAA